AUGCACCGCCCGCGCGGAGUGACGUGGCGUAAAACACAAGUAACGCAAAAUUUCCCGCGCGCUGUUGUCUCAUCUCCAACAAAGCAGCGACCCGCGAAGAUGGCAGGUAUCCUAGACGUCCCAAAGCCGAGAAUAAACUGCUCCAUGCUGUCGCAGUUCAUCAACCGGGCCGUCUGCUUCGUCGGGCGUGUUGAAAAGGUUCACCCUACUGGCAAAAUGUUCACUGUGAUGGAUGGAGAGGGAAAUGCUGCAACAGUGGAACUAAACGAACCUCUUGAAGAAGAGCUGAGCGGAAUUGUGGAGAUUAUUGGGAUGGUGUCGAACAAAGGAGAAAUAAUGGCCAACACAUACAACAUGCUGAGAGAGGACAAGGGUGUUCCCUUUGAUUUAGAGCUGUACAACGAAGCACUGAAGGUCAUCCAUGACUUCCCCCAGCAUUACCCUUUCCAGGUGACUGCAAGCGGAUGAAGAAGACUGUGUGAGAAGAUUGUGUUCAUUGUUUGUGUUUUUUUCUGUUUUACGUGUGCGAAGGUGAAGGUUGUACAAAAGCUUCUGCAAUAAAAUGUAUAUAAAUGCAAAAAAA